GAUUCCCAUCUUAGAAAAAAAAAAGUUCUUUCUCGAUGUAAAUAAAUUUGAGAAUAUUAUAUUUAGUUCUCUUACUGUUGUCUAGUUUUUUCCUAGAUUUAUUACUUUUUUUUUGUUUCAAUUACUAGACGUACUACGUUGAAUUAUUCCUAAUUGUGUUUCGUUUAUCUUAUUUUGAUCCUAAUGUAUUGACAUUCGAUUAGGUUCUACUUUUAACUGUUUUCUAGCGAUGUUUCUAAUUGGACUUGGGGUUUUAAUAUAUCUUCUAAUAUUGAUUUUAUAUAUUUAUCAUUAGUACUUAUUUUAUUAUUAUUAUUAUUAUUAUGUUAUAAUAAUACUAUAAAGCGGCUGUUGUGGUACUUAAUAUUCCUUCUCUCAUAGAUAGUGGAGAUUGGAGAAUAAUAAAAGAAACGAUAAAAGAAUUAAAAAUUGAUUCAUCUCUAAUCACUGUUUCAUAAAGCGGCUGGAUAGGCUGAUGAGUUCUUACAACAGACUGCCUACUUUGUUUACCGUCUAUUACAAUCAUUUUCCUUCGCAAAUUGCUCCGACAGUACUUCUGAUCAUGGGGAAGGUCGUGGCUGUCGCUCUAGUCCUUCUGUUCGUGAUCACGCCCACCGUGAGAAGUAGCAGCAGUGAACAUGUUCUCCGCUCCGCCGCCUCGACUAACGAUGACAGUGGUCCCUGCAGUACUAUGGCUGUCGCCGGCGACGGAUGUUGUUGCAGCGGGUCAGAUGAACUAGGGUUCUCGUCCACGUGUACCCGCGACUGUAACGGAUGCAGCUUGACAGCCGACGGUGGCGCUGUAAACGUGACGGUCGUCGUGGAAAGUCUGGUGGCUGCAGCAGGCAGUGGCACUCGUUGGGAAUGUGAAGGUAAAGUUUCCAGUUCCACUUCUUCCCUGUCCCUUGGUUUGUGGGCCAGUCCAUGGGCUUCAAGUGAUUAUCUGACCGCGUCGGGCUCGAAUGUUUUGGAUAGUUUCUGGCCCAUAUUCCUUUUUGUGGGCUUAUGUUUAUCUAAGUUUUAACACCAUCACACUAUUGUGGUAAACAAUAAAACUUGAUCCUAGUAAUAUAUAUAUACUAAUGUACUAGACCAUUGUUUAUGAACAGAACAAUGAAGAUAGUGAAUGUAUGAUCAAGCCAUUUUUCCUAGUUUUACCAUCUCAUAUUCCGAGUUUGGUUUGUACUUUUUUGUUAAAACAACUUAUCACGAUGUGAAUUUUAUCGAUGGGUAAUCUUAUCUUUAUUUAAAUUAAAUUCAUUACUUGAUGUAAGUCUAACAUAUACCGUUAUGCUAAUUAAUUGACGAAUCAAGCUCUAUUUCUAAAUGGUUAAGCUGUUAAUACAAAUUCCUUUUGGUUUGAUCAAGUAACCCGAAUCUAACCAUCGUUCAUGUAGAUAAACCGAUCUAUGUUAUUUUGAGUUGAAAAAUGUGAAGUUCGAGAAUUGCAUGUUGUCAGUGGUUAAAGACUAAUCGAUCUUCUUAGCAUCGAUCACACUUCUUAAUCCGAUUUUAAUUUGUUAAAUGAAAAAAGAAAAUCGGC